AUGGAUAGAAUGUCUUUGGACCACCCUGCUGGUGGUUCCAUACACAUGAGAAAGACCAUAGGAGAGGCUCAAGAGCUUAUUGAGACAGUUGUCACUAAUCAGCAUCUGUAUUCAUCUCCUGAGACCUCUAUAAAAGGAGAGGUUAAGGCAGUAGCUGCUGAUCCUAAUCCUCCAGAGCAGGAUGGCCCAUUGACUCAGCAACUGCAUGCCUAUGCCCAGCAAAUGCUGGAGCUCCAACUGGUCGAUGAUUAUAAGGCUAAGAUGUCAUUUCCUCAGAAACUCUAUCAAGACGAAAGGGAUAAGCAGUUUGCCCGCUUUGCAGAUUAUCUCAGAACAUUAGAGAUAAAGAUCCCUUUUGAAAAAGCUCUUGAACAGAUACCUUCUUAUGCAAAGUUCAUGAAGAACAUUCUAAGUCAUAAGAAGGAUUGGAGAGAGACACAAACAGUCCUUCUCACUGAGGAAGUACAUCAACCUAAUACCUGCUUCUUAAUAAGGAAGCUCUGUUUGACUGAGAAAGUCAAACCAACCCGCAUGUGCCUUCAACUUGCUGAUGGGUCUAUUAAGAUACCAUCAGGAGUAAUAGAGGACAUGAUUGUCAGGGUUGGACCCUUUGCCUUUAUCACUGCCUUUGUGGUAUUGGACAUGAAAGGGCACACGAGUGCAUCUCUCAUCCUAGGAAGACCUUUCCUAGUCACAGGACGAAUCCUCAUCGAUGUUAAAAAAGGGAAAGUAACCCUAAGAGUCAAUAAGGAGAAGUUCGUACUGAAUGUUGUGAAGCCUAUGCAGCAUCCAAACAUUCCUGAGGAAUGCAUGAGCAUUGACUUCAUUGAUUCCCUGGUGGAAGAAGUCAACAUGGCCGAAAGCUUCAAGGAAGGGCUAGAUGAUAUCUUAGAUGAUACUCAGUCUGACUGA